UGCAGUCGGGCAGUGCGAAGAAGUUUACAUUCCGACAGGUGUUCUUUCCUUAAAAUCAAGUUUCUCAGCGACGGUGACUAAGUUCAAAAAGCGCCAAAGUCGUUAAAAAAAUUGUAGUGAAAAAAGAGUCAUUAUAAAAUAUAUUUUAUUUUGACGAAGGAUAAAUUGUUUAAGAUUACCGAAGUGUUAAAGGCUCGUGAUAUUGCCGAAAAAUACAGAAAGCAAAUACAGAAGGCUCACGAAGUAACCGAUUAACCAAUAUGACACAAGCAGUUCGUCAAAGAGGCAUCAUUUUCUUGUUGACAAUCAUUGGUCUGCUGAACUUCCUAAUCGAACCGGUGCUUAGUAGUAGUGGUAGCAGGGAUGAACAACUCUCUGGCGAUGCAGUAGACAAGAAUGGCUAUGAACAACUCACACUACACAAACGACCUUCGUUUUUCGUGGGCAGCCGUUAUGGCCGAUCCAGUGACGGCACAGCCUUUAGUUCCUCAAAAACGCGCAGACUGAGUGUGGUACCACGCAACGAUCGUUUCUUUUUGGGAUCACGUUAUGGAAAACGAGCCGAAGAAGGUUCUGUAUUUGAACCAUAUUCACCAUAUGAGCAACAAAACCAACAAGCGGACAACGACGCUGCUAAUAAUCUGAAUGACAUGACCGUGCGGCAUAUCGGUGGUAAUAAACAGUUAUACGGUGAACUAAACAAUAUGGAUAAACCAAAUCAGAUUCAAUCACCCACAAUGAUGUCUUGCAUGCAUACUGGUUUCAGGAACUAUUAUCGCUGUCGCAAUAUCGAUGAGAUUAAUAAUGUUAUUAACCAGCUGACAGUGGCACAUAGCGUUGAGGAACGAAAGUAAACUGCAUCACACUAUUAAGCAGACAGCGUCCACCCGUGGUUUUGUGGCAGCGACCAGUUGUACAAUAUAAUAAUAUCGUUAAUAAUUAUAGCUUACACAAUUACUCAAGGCGAACUGAUGGAAGUGAAGUUGUUUGUUUUAGCAUCUUUCAUCAUCUAAUCUGAGCUCGAUCUUUCAAAUUCAUUGCAAUGCUUGUUGUAUCUGUUUAUAUUUCAAUUAGCUAUUGGAAAAUGUGAUAAGGCCUAUCUCACCAAAGAACAUAUGUAUGAAUCAUAUAUGUAUGUUUUGCGAGAGUGGGUAGUGAAAAGGAAAUAGGAUAAUAAAUAUUUAAAUAUUGUAUAAUAUUUCUUUGAAAAAUAUGGGCACAGAAUAUUGUUAAGUUUAUUUUCAUGAGACGUCGAAAAAAUUGUAAAAAUCUAGAUUUGAAUCAACGUUGAUUGCAAUCAUUUUUAAGAUUUAAAUCGCGAUUGGUUACAAUUUCUUAAUUUGUAUGAGCUUUACAGUAAUGAUUAUUUAAUAAAAAGCAUGUCUUCUGACACACUGACACUGCACUUUUCAUUUUCGAAAAUCGAAACAUUUCCCACCCAUGAACAAUUGUUAGUUUAUAAAAAGGACUUUACAGGAAAACUGAGGUCAAUUUCCAUCAUUCUUGUGGUGAUGGACUAUUUGCUAAAAGUGCACACAUUUGACAUUUGUUUAAUGGUAUUAAAGUGAAACGAAGAUUAAAGUAGCCUCUCUGAAUUGUUGAAACAA